CCUCUUCCGCCCUGCAGCUCCGGGGCGUGUCUGUCCGCGGCACCUCCCGCGCUCUAUGGUGCUGGCUGCUCCCAGCCUCCUCAGCGGCGGCGGCCGGAGCCGGGAGGAGCGCGGCGGAGGCGGCGGGCGCAGGCCGGGGCCUGCCGAGCGCCCGCCAUGGAGCCCGAUGUGGCCGAGGAGGAGGAGGGCUCGUCCGUGGAGGGCGCCGGUGCCCCCCCGGAGGCCGGCGCGGGGGGCCUGGACGCGGCAGGAGGUCUGGCACCGAAGAGGGCAGCCGUCACCGAGGGACCAUCGCUACCAGGACUGCCUGGCCAAGGGAAGAAGAUUGGUCAUCGAAGCGUUGAUGCUUCUGGUGAAACCACCUACAAAAAGACCACCUCGUCCACUCUGAAGGGGGCCAUCCAGCUGGGGAUCGGAUAUACUGUUGGCAAUCUGAGCUCCAAGCCAGAGAGAGAUGUCCUGAUGCAGGACUUCUACGUGGUGGAAAGCAUUUUUUUCCCAAGUGAAGGAAGUAAUCUCACUCCAGCUCACCAUUAUGCAGACUUCAGGUUCAAGACCUAUGCACCAGUGGCUUUUCGGUACUUCCGAGAACUCUUUGGGAUUCGUCCAGAUGAUUAUUUGUAUUCCCUCUGUAACGAGCCUCUGAUAGAGCUGUCGAACCCUGGUGCCAGCGGGUCCCUCUUCUAUGUCACCAGCGACGAUGAAUUCAUCAUAAAAACUGUGAUGCACAAGGAAGCUGAAUUCUUACAGAAGCUCCUUCCUGGCUACUACAUGAACCUGAACCAGAACCCCCGGACGCUGCUACCAAAGUUUUAUGGACUGUACUGUGUGCAGUCAGGGGGCAAAAACAUCCGUGUGGUCGUGAUGAACAACAUCCUGCCUCGUGUGGUGAAAAUGCACCUGAAAUUUGACCUGAAAGGCUCCACCUAUAAACGCCGGGCAUCCAAGAAGGAAAAAGAAAAGUCCAGCCCUACAUACAAGGAUCUAGACUUCAUGCAAGACAUACCCGAGGGCCUGAUGUUGGAUGCAGACACCUUCACUGCAUUGAUGAAGACGUUGCAACGUGACUGUCUGGUGUUGGAAAGCUUUAAAAUCAUGGACUACAGCCUCCUCCUUGGGGUUCAUAACAUAGACCAGCAAGAACGGGAGCAGCAGUCCGAGGGAGCCCACAGCACGUCAGAUGAGAAGCGUCCCGUGGGGCAGAAGGCACUUUACUCCACGGCCAUGGAGUCUAUCCAGGGUGGGGCUACCCGGGGGGAGCCCAUAGACACAGAUGACGCGAUGGGAGGAAUCCCAGCAGUGAAUGGCAAAGGAGAGCGUCUCCUGCUCCAUGUAGGAAUAAUAGAUAUCCUUCAAUCAUACAGGUUCAUCAAGAAGCUAGAACAUACCUGGAAGGCCCUUGUCCAUGAUGGGGACACGGUGUCCGUGCACAGACCCAGCUUCUAUGCAGAGAGAUUCUUCAAAUUCAUGACCAACACGGUGUUCCGAAAGAAUUCCUCUCUGAAGUCAUCUCCCUCAAAGAAAGGGCGCAGUGCCUUGCUGGCUAUCAAGACUGCUGGUCCAACGGCUGCGUUUUCAGCUAGCCAGCUUCCCUCUGAAAAGGAUGAGACACAGUAUGACCUUCGUGCAGCCCGGAGCUACCCCACACUUGACGAUGAAGGCAGGCCAGACCUGCUACCCUGCACACCUCCUUCCUUUGAAGAAGCUACCACGGCUUCCAUAGCCACAACACUGUCUUCAACAUCUCUCUCGGUUCCUGAGCGAUCCCCUUCGGAGACGUCUGAGCAGCCCAGGUACAGGAGGCGUACACACUCCUCAGGGCAGGAUGGCAGGUCACACGAGGAGGUGCGGGUUGAGGAGGAGCUUCAGCAGGUCAGUGUCGAGCUGGAGCCCAAGUGUGAUGUUGAGAUCGUAGCUCCUGAGGAAGAUGACAAAGAAGAGGCGGCUUCUUCAGCCUGUGCCAUUGUAACGUCCACAGCUACUAUAGAGGUGGAGACAGCCAGCCAGGCCUCAGAACCAGCCAGCCAGGCCUCGGAACCAGCCAGCCAGGCCUCGGAUGAAGAUGAUGUGCCAGUCACAGACAUAUACUUUUUCACAGAUGGGAGGUACUGGAUUUACUCUCCCCGCCAGCCCAGAUUCCGAACCACCUGGCUUUCCUCUGGGAGUCCGACAGACGAGAGGAGUUGGGUUUACUCCCCGCUCCACUAUAGCGCUCAGCUCCACUCUGUCUCUGAUGAGGAGAGCGAUACAUAAUCUCUAUGCAGACACAGAAGCCCCAGAGAGCAGCGAUUCCCUCUGCAGGUCGAUGUGUUCCCUUUUUGUUGAUGCAGCCAUUCCGGUGGGAUGGGGAAGAGCUUGCUGACACCAACCAGUAUUGCUGCACUGCAGGAUCCCGGGCACUGCAUUUCAGAACGGAGCAAAACUAUAACCGUGUCUUUCUACUUAUCCCAGACGUGGGCAGCAAAAGAAACCACCCGCUCACCCGCAGCUCCCGAGGGAGGCAGCAGCGGGGUGUAGAGAAUCCUGGGUAGUAAUACAGUGUUUUCCAGACGUGCACUACCGUAGCUACCUAUCCCUGUGUGAUACUGUGAACCUUUUUAAGUUUUUAACCAUGUAUUUAUUUCUUUUAUCUUUGCACAGAGACAGCACAAAUGUGCUUUUUUAAACAUUUAGUUUACUGCACUUUUUUCUUUCCCCCCUUUUUUUUUUUUUUUGUUUCUUGUCAUAUAUUUGUGCAUCAGAAAGGAGUGUGAGACCUCACUGGAGAAUUGGUAGGAGCACGUUGCUGGGGAGGGCAGGGACCGGAGUGGCUUCACUGGAGGCAGCAGCAUGGUCUGACCAACUGAUGGAGUCAGGAGGUUUAAGGCUGUCCAGACUCUGCCACGGUUUUGCCGAGUGAUCUAAGGCAAGUCACUAAACCACUCUGUGCCUCGGUUUCCCCCGUGCUAAUGGGUGCACAGUACCCGCUUCCGUUAAAGCACUUAACCCUGGGAUGAAAGGUGCUAUGAAAAUGCAAUGUAUUAAAGGCCAUGGAAUAGAAUCACUCCCAUGUUACAGUAGUCCAAAGUAGCCAUGCCAAUUUUCUUGGAUUAAAGCAUCGCUGGUGACUUCUCUCAAUCUGUGACACUGUGCGGGGCCAGCGAGAGCGAUCCCGGAACGAUCCCGAGGGACAGUGACGUUGUCACCUCCACUCCUCCGGCUGGCGUGCUGGGUUCUGCCUUCGCCCUGUGCUGCACCGCUGCAUCACCCCUCGCUCUGUGCUCGGAGUCCCAACGCUUCAGCUGAACCAGCUGCCGGACCGGACGCACGGGCACGGACAGAUGUGCACCUCCUGGGACCAGCUGUGGCCUGGCCAGACACUGCAUCCCACUGGAGCCACUUAGCACCUUGCAUGCUCAUGGGUGUACUCGGGUGGGGGGGCACAAACAUUGGUUCAUGUAGAUCAUCCGUACCUCAGGGCAGGCAGCGAGGUGCUGGAGGCGGGAACGGGAGCUUGGCUCUGCCACCGAAUUCCGUGUUCACGGGCUCUGUUGGUGACUGGGAUGUUGCCUGUGGUAACAUCAGCUCUUGGGAAUCACUGCUUCAGCUGUCUGAGAUAGUUUGCUUGAGGAGGGCUUUAAAGCAAGGGGAUUUGGUGUUACUGGGUAGUGUUCAGACAAGGCUCACCCAACUGCCAGCAGGACACACACCAUAGCAUUGUCUUGAACUCAAGCAAGCCCAGCCUCAUCUCCCAGGGAGAAGAAAGGAAAUCCUUUAGACCAGAAGGAGCCAGGUCUCAUUCCUGUGCUUUAUGAGCCUUGCCUAAGCAAAAGGGUCAAAAUGUCUUUAUUCUCAUUACAAUGUUCAGACUGUCCUUGGGAUUCCUUGUAGAGGAGUGGGGGAGAGGGACCCUUCUCUCAGGGCUCGGUCCCCCCAAUCUGCAUUCCCACCAGUGCUCAGAACAGCUUAAUUCAGGUCCCGCAAGGGAACUGGGCUGGUGGGAAGCUCUGCCGUGUGCUGAACUUGGUGAAGAUCUUCAGGAAUGGAUGUUUUCUUGCCUAGCAGUGCAGGACCCAGACUUCCCCCCCUUGCCUGCAGAUGCUGAAGGCUGUAAGGUGUGCUGCUCUCGAGAGCACAGGCUGGGGAUCUUGCAAGCUGCUGACAUUAGAUGUAUUCAUGUAUUUACCAAAUAAUCUAUCAGAAGUCUUUAACUCUCCCUUUUCAGUCACUCCUUGAUGGCUCAUUCUCCCAGCUGCUAGCAUUGCUCCAUGGCAGCCCUGCUGCAGGCUGGGGAAUGGCUCUUAUUCCCUCUCUGUGCCAGCUCGGGGCUCCACAGGCUGUGGGCAGCGCUCCAGGGGCUCGGAGGAGAGGAGGCAGGAGGAGCGUGAUACCUACAGACCAACCUGCGUCUGGGCUGAAAGCUGGAGGCUUCAGAAUGCUGAGAAUUCAGCCUUUUUUUCCUCUCGAAGUGUGAUGCUGUGUGUAGAGAGGCCAGAGGGAGCCACAUCCCUUGUGCAUCUUCAGAUGUUGCUCUUGGGUGUUGUGCUGGAGGAGGCCAGGAAGUUGGGCUUGGGUGGCCUGGCCUGAGCUCACCACCCUGGAACCACCCUGCUUGUGGGUGCUGGGUUUGUCCCCCUCAGGCCUUUCCAGCCAACUGAAAUCAAGCACCUUGUUUAAGAUGGUUUAAACGUUGUUGAUGGAAACUUUUAUUCCUUCUCCUCACUUCAGGGGGCUCUAAAGCCUCUGUGCAGGGAGCAUCUGAGCCCCACCUCCAUGGAGCAUCUCCGUGAAUGAACUCCACAAGCCGGAGCUGUGCUUGGUUCCAAGAGAGGUGGAGGACCCCAAACCUCUUGCAGCAUGUUCAUUCCAAGCGGUGUCUUUCCUCGAGCAUUCAGGCUUUUUGAGACAAUCCUUGUGCAGUUCUGUCACACUGAACCUCCAGCCCAUCUGGGUCGUAAGCUGCCUGUACUUUCUUGGUCAGGGUUUUCUCUAGUGGCCCAGCAGCUCCCUGGUGUAACUCCUUGCUCUGUCCAUCGUUAAGAGGAAGCACCAUUUUUCUCUUAUUCCACCAAGGUUUGAGCAGAGCAGCCCUAUGAGGUAGCCGGUCCCCACGUAGCUGUUUGCUCUCCUGCAUCCCUAUCUGGGACUCUUGGCUGUGUGGAACAUGCUGAGGCUGCUGGUGAGCCUUCAGCUCGGGCUAUUGCCGAAGUGCAGGUGGAUUUAGCAAGAGAAAUCUGGCAUCUGCGUCUGUGCUUGCCAUCGAGCUCCUGUGAAGGCUCUGGUGGGGCACACCCAAGGGGCUGGCACAGAGAGCCCCGAGUGCCCAAACUGCACUUUCCGAAGUGUUUUAGUGAAGCUCAAGCACUUGCAGGUGUUGGUGCAGAGCUGGCACAGGCACGGCUGUUGGCCUGCGCUCUGUUCCCCCCUGUCCCUCACUCCCAGCUGCUCUCAUGCUCCGAUGAGGACGAGGUGGAAGCCGCAGCUCAGGCGUUUUGGACCGUGUCGGGUUUUCCUUUCUGUUGAUGUCUACAUUAGACCCGAGUAUGUUCUGGUGGAUGUUCCUAUUCCUGCUCAUUCUGUGUCCGCUCUGUGCGUGCACCGUGUAACGAAUGUAUGUAAGUAGCGGGGCGCGGGGGGGGCUGGCGGCAGAAAUGUGAUGCCAACCUGUGGCUGUUGUCAUGUUUCUCGUUGGGGGUGAAGCCAUGAGCUUUUCUGAUGUUCUUGGUUGUUCCGAGGGGUUUUUCCCCCCCCCUUCGGGGAGAACUGUAAUGGAUGCUCUGUCCUGCUCUGUGAUAAAGCAUAGUCUGUGCUGUG